CAAGAGAUUGAUUUCUUUCGACGUCCAGGGCAAAGCUCCUGACGAGGAACGGUGCGAUGCCGGCGCGACCGCCCAUCUACAUGGGCCAGUUUGACCCGGAGAAUUUCCGGGACCCCAGCAAGGUGUCGCUGGUGCAGCACAGCAAGGCGAUGGAGGAAAUGAGCAAGACAGCUCGGGAGAUCGAGUUGUCCUUGCAGAGCACGGGCGAGGUUCUGCGCAUCCCAGCGCAAGUGAGCACCACUGUCUGGGAUAUCAAGCUGAUGAUGGCUGACAAGCUCGGCAGAGACCCAGGCGAGUUCACCUUCCUUGCGAAGCAAGGCCCCUUCUGGCGAGAAAACCGGGACUCGGAGGAGAUCAGAUCAAAGGUGGUGGUGAAGAAUCUCAAGAGCUGGGAGCGGGAGCGCACACCUCACGAGCACCCCAUCGUGAUCAUCGGAGCUGGGCACAUCGGACUUCGCCAGGCCAUGGUCUUCUUGAAGUACAACGAGUACAACUUUGUGAUCUUCGACCGCAAGCCGAAGGUGGGCGGUAUGGCGUGGUGGGAUCAGGCCAACGUGACGUCCAAGCUCCAGACGGAGGUGGGCGUGUACCACUUGGGCUGGGACGAGACACUUCCCUGCCCCACCAACGACUAUCCUUGGCCUUCCCGCGAUGAGCUUUUGCAGAUGUUCCAAGACGGCGCCAACGAGUACGGAAUCAUGCCCUACUGCCGGCUUCAGACGGAAGUCAAGGACGUGAAGACAGAGGGAGCCAAGUUGGACACCAAAUAUGAGGUGACCAUUCAGAAGCUCGCGGAGCCAAAGGCAAAGGAUGAGACGAUCAAAGCGGGAGGCGUGAUGCUGUACCCUGGGAACCUCUCUCUGCCCAGAAGGGAGACCUACAAGGGCGAGGACGAGUUCGGGGGAACCAUCGCCUACGGCAUGUUCGAUGAGUUCGGGUACAACGAGGCGACGGGCAAGGACAUCGCCAUCAUCGGCCACGGCGCCUUUGCCGUGGAAAACGUCCGAAGCUGCUGCGAGUACAGCUGCAAGAAGAUUUACCUGGUCUGCCGGCGCAAGAACAUCGCCUGCCCCCGCUUUGUGUCCUGGCUCGCCAACCAGUCUGCUUCGCCGCUCUCGGCCUCGCUGUUCCUGCACUCCAUGAAGCCUAUGUAUGACUUGAUGGGUUGGGAUCCCUGGACCUACUACGCGGUACAAGGUAAUGCUGCAAGGACCAACUGCAACAUUCAGCAGAAGGCACGGUUUGGUAUCGGCGACGUGUACUUCUGCGCCCUCUCCUGGGGUAAGCUCGAGGUGAUCGAGGACCCACUGGGGAUCAAGCGCCUCGGGCACCAUGCGCUGCACUGUGGCAACGGACGCAAGAUUGACGUGCAGUGCAUCUUGAAGCUUUUGGGCUUUGUCGGGGACCCCUCCCACGAUAAGGUCAUGCACAUCAAAGAGCUUGUCGGCUUUUGGGUGAACGAUGACCCCAGGCGCUACGUGGUGGCAGAGCCCGUGAGUGUGAUGGCCACCAACUUUGGAGGCACCAGCUUUUCUCCGGGCGCCAUCUCCUGGGCAGAGCAGGGGAUGCACUUCAUGCACCAUCCCAAGGACUUGUUUGAGAAGGUUCUGCCCACCGGCAUGGUGCCAAGACACAAGGCCGACGAGUCGGAUGAGGGCACCUACCGACCAGCCUACGUGGUGGAUGCAAGGCACGGAACGCAGACGGGGAUCUUCAUUGGGUCCUUGAUCCCUUGGGUCAUGGAGCGUGGUCCCAUCCAUAGCAGGCUCAAGGUGUCGCGCAUGUGGACGCUGCACCCCAUCGAUAAGUUCGUCCAGUACUGCAAGGAGGACUGGGAUCACUACUGCAAGAAGUUCCGGGACGAGGGCCUCUCUGGCUCGGAGUUCCCGUACACUCCGGAGGAAGCUCAUCGAUAUCUCGAAAAGUAUCGAGGUGAGAACCGGCACGCGUUGAAGGAGUCGCCGGAUAUGAUCGACUAUUACGAGAGCUUCCUGAAGAAGUGAGCGCCGCAAUGACCUCUACCUCGUGGCCGUGGAUUCAACUGAGAACAACAAAUUGCAAACCGGACU